AUGAGUGAUUCAGAACAGAAACCACAGGCCGAGGAGGUGACUGAGUCCCAGUGGCCUGAGAACGGAGCCGAGUGGAGCGAUGCAGAGGAGGAGACCCACAAGGACUGUGGUCUGCUGCAGGCCAUGGUCGAGGAGGACGAGGACAUCAACGUCCACAACGAGGAGACGUUUGGAGACGGUGUGUUCAGAUAUUUGUAAAGACUCGACUGUCUCGUAGAUCUCGACGCCUGUGAGACUCCAGAGGACCCGGGCGGCAGUCUCCUUUUUUUUGAAGAGCCGAUGCCGCCUCUGCCAUCCCGGCCCCCCCCGCCAUCGCCUCAACUACCGAUCCCCUGCCCUCCGAUUCACCCAAUCGCCCCCUCCCCUCCCAGACAGAAGACACAGGACCUGCCCCGGCCCCCCUCUCGGCAGUCCACCAGGGGCAGGGGAUACAGGGGCGGCCUGAACAGGGGACAGAUGUUUGAGGAUCCAGCUGUGAUGAGGACAGUGGAGGGACGACCCAAUGUCAAGACUCUUGACAGUGCCAUCGUGGACUGUGGGGACACCAUGUGCCAGGAGAUCAGUGAGGACGAUUGGAUGGCGUCGUCUUGCAGAAAAAACAGGCGGAUCUCGGGUUCGCUACUUCAGGACAGUGCUAUAGUUUGUGUGAUCGAUGGUCACAGAGGCGGAGGUCAGCACCAGACCGCCGACCUCCUGGAUUUGCCACAUGCUGUCAGGAGAGGGGAACCCAGAAGUCCCUACUGCAGGAGGCAGUUUGGCGAAAGAGGCCCAGCGCAGAUGCAUUCCCCACUGUUGCCAGGGUCGCCCAUCUUCUCACGUCAACCUCUGACCCCAUGGCAGCUUUACAAUAAGACGGGGAGGUUCAUGUUUCCUGACGGCCGCCCGUGUCCGUCCACUCCUCAGUCUCUGACUCCUAAGAUGAUGCAACUUCGCUUUGGUGCCAACUCCCCGAGACCGUCCCCCUUUUACAGCCCCUCGUCCAAUCCGGUGCAGCAUUUCAGGUACCCAGGUCCCGUCACUCAGCUCCACCCACAGCACACACGACUACUCAGUCAAAACCAACGUGGGUUCCAAAGAAAGAUGGACAGCGGCGAUCCUUUCUGUAAUCUCAUGACGAUCAAAGAGAAGGAGUGGAUCACCAGGCUGCAGAUGAUUCAGCUGCAAAGUGACAAUCCUUAUCUCGACGAUUAUUACUACCAGGAGUACUAUCGACGGAUAGAAGCUAAGACGGCCGAGGAGGAGCUCGGCAUCCGGAGCAAGAGGGAGCCGCCCAAGCUCACCACACCGUACAUCACCAAGACGGAAUCCUACGCACCAGUUGUGCACAUCGAAGGCUCUUUGGGUCAAGUGGCUGUCUCCACGUGUUACUCCCCCCGUCGAGCCAUCAGUGCAGUUAAUGCCGUCCAAGCUCAGGGUCCGCUGGAGGAGCAAAAAGACAUCAGACAGCAGCGGUUAGAGGUCCUCAGCAAAAUCGAGAAGAUGUUCGUGGCUCUGUUAGAGGUGGAGGAGACGGACAGAGUGAAAACCCCCAUCCUGUCUGAAGCAGAGGAAAGACUGCUGGUGGGGAGAACCCAGUUCAAGGUGCAGCACAUCUACUCCCAGCUGCAGAACCACUACCCUGCAGAUUCAGGAGGAGAGUUUCUUCCAAUCCUGCACGUCUCAAAAGGCAAAAAGCUUCUCUCCCGUCUGAUUCCGUUCCUGAAACACGAUCCUGCCCUGAAGAUCUUGUGUAUCGUGACGUCCAACCUGCCAUCGCUGAUGAGCAAAGAUACAGAAGAGACUCUGCCAGUUCUUUACCCUGCCCUUCAAAAUGUGAUCGGAUGUCUGACGUUCAGUCAGCUCAUUCUAGUCCUGAAGGAUCUGACGUCCUCGGAGGCUCUGUCCACAUGCGAGUGUCUCACGCUGGCCUGUCAGAACAAGUUCGGACUGUCGCUGCUGUACGCUCUCCUCUCCCAAGGGGAGAAGCUGCUGUCCUCAGAUGUUCCUCUGAAGCCCAGCAUCGGGGACUUUGAGACCUGGACCGACACAAUAUUCCAGGUGGCGGGGCAGCUGUCCCAGUGUUCGCUGGUGGAGCCGCUCUUUCUGCCCUCCAACCUGCUCACUCUCUUCUGCCGCUACCUGGACAAGCGCACCGUGCAUCAGCUGAAAAGCAACUUGGAGUCUGUGACUGGAUUCCUGGCUCUUCCGUCGUAA